GACUCGGGGGUUUAUCCGAACGCCAUAAACCCUCCCCUUCUGAGACGAAGAAUCCAUCCUCCUCUACGAGGAUACGAGGCUGUGGCAUUUGCUCCUGCAACCGGGAUUUGGAAUUUUGGGUUUUGGGUUUCGGGGUCUUCUUCAUUGCGGGCUCCUCCUCCUGCUCUUCCACUUCCCCGGCUGCUGCUGCUGCUGCUCUUUUGGAAUUGCUGUGUAUCGCAAUGGCGAUGGCGAUGUCCAUGUCGCUCUCUCUCCCUUCCUCCUCUUCUCCUUCUUCUUCCUCCUCCUCCGCCGCCUCUACUCCCACUCGCUCUGUGUUGGGGUCCCCGCAUUUGGUUUCUCUUAAGGGCAGAGCCGACUCUUUGGCAGCUUCCACUUCUGGGUCCUUCACUCGCUUGCCCCGCCCCUCGCCUUGCAAAUCGCAAUGCCAGAGCAUUGGGAGGGAAAGAAGCAAAAGAACCGUUGUCGCAGCAUCCGCAGAGAAAAGCACGGAACAGGUUUUACCUCGUGGGGCGUCAUGGACUGUUCAUAAAUUCGGUGGCACUUGUGUCGGCAAUGCCGAGCGCAUUCAAAACGUGGCAAAGAUCAUUGUUGAGGAUUCUUCAGUACGCAAGGUUGCAGUUGUGUCAGCCAUGUCCAAGGUUACCGACAUGAUGUAUGAUCUGCUUCAGAAAGCCCAGGCUCGUGAUGAUUCUUACAGUGCCACUCUAGAUACACUUUAUAAGAACCAUAAGGAAACCGCCAUUACUCUUCUUGAGGAUGGGCAGGAUCUCAAUAAGUUUCUUGGUGUCUUGGAAGCAGACAUUAAUAACCUGCGGGCUAUGCUUCGGGCUAUUUUUAUUGCUGGUCACGCUACAGAACCUUUCGAGGAUUGGGUGGUCGGCCACGGAGAGUUGUGGUCUGCACAGUUGCUUGCUGCAACAGUUCGAAAGAUGGGCCUGCCGUGUGUCUGGAUGGAUGCUAGAGAUGUGAUAGUGGUCACGCCUACGGGAAAGCAGCAAGUGGACCCUGACUUCGAAGCCUCGGAAGAGAAACUUGACAAGUGGUACUCACGAUUUCCAUCUGAUACAGUCAUCGUUACUGGAUUUAUCGCUAGCACUCCGGACAACAUUCCUACAACGUUGAAACGAGAUGGCAGUGACUUAUCAGCAGCGAUAAUGGGGGCACUCUUGAAGGCCUCUAAAGUCACUAUCUGGACUGAUGUGGAUGGCGUCUAUAGUGCUGACCCAAGGAAAGUUAGCGAAGCAGUGAUCCUUAAAUCCUUGUCUUAUCAAGAGGCCUGGGAGAUGUCAUACUUUGGAGCUAACGUGCUUCACCCGCGGACAACAAUACCUGUAAUGAAGCACAAUAUUCCUGUGACGAUUCGCAACGUUUUUAAUGUUGCUGCUCCAGGGACUGAAAUUCGAGGGGUUUCAGAAUCGAAACCUCUUGAAUCUAUCGCUACAAUGGACUUCGUCAAGGGAUUUACAACUGUGGACAAUAUUGCUCUGGUGAACGUGGAGGGAACAGGCAUGGCGGGAGUUCCAGGAACAGCAAGUGACAUUUUUGACACUGUGAAAGGUGUGGGGGCGAAUGUGGUCAUGAUCUCGCAGGCUAGUAGUGAACACUCGGUGUGCUUUGCGGUCCCUGAAAAAGAAGUGGAUACUGUUCGUCUAGCAUUGUUGACGAGGUUCCGCAGAGACCUUGACGCCGGACGCAUAUCAAAGGUGGAGGUGGUAAAAAACUGUUGUAUACUCGCGGCAGUCGGGCAGCGAAUGGCUAGCACUCCUGGAGUUAGUGCAACUCUUUUUACUGCACUUGCUAAAGCAAACAUCAAUGUAAGGGCAAUCGCUCAAGGAUGCUCCGAGUACAACAUUACAGUGGUAGUGGAUCAGAACGAUUCUAUCAGGGCUCUCAAGGCUGUCCAUUCAAGAUUUUAUCUUUCAAGGACUCCUUUAGCUGUUGGGCUUGUUGGCCCUGGUCUCAUCGGAAAGACCCUUCUUGACCAAUUCAAGGAUCAGGCUGCGUCUUUGAAGGAGGAAUUUCACAUUGACCUGCGUGUGAUGGGUAUCACAGACUCAAAUACCAUGUACUUAGAUGACACUGGUAUCGAUUUGGCAAACUGGAGGGAGUUGAUUGAAACCAAGGGAGUUCCAGCGGACAUGUCCAAAUUCACAGCACAUCUGCAAAGUCACUCCUUGCCGAAUACUGUCAUCAUAGACUGCACUGCUAGUGCGAAAGUUGCUGAAAACUAUUAUCAAUGGAUGGAGAAAGGCAUGCACAUUAUAACCCCAAAUAAAAAAGCCAAUUCGGGUCCAUAUGAUCAGUAUGCUAAAUUGAAGGAGCUCCAACGCCAAUCAUACACACAUUAUUUCUACGAAGCUACUGUUGGAGCGGGGCUCCCAAUUGUCAGCACUCUACGUGGACUCGUGGAAACUGGCGACAAGAUUGUGAAAGUGGAGGGCAUUUUCAGCGGAACAUUGAGCUACAUAUUCAAUAGCUUCAACGGAACGAAAACGUUUAGUGAAAUCGUGAAAGAGGCAAAAGCUUCGGGUUACACGGAACCUGAUCCUAGGGAUGAUCUCUCUGGCAUGGACGUUGCCCGCAAGGUCAUUAUCCUGGCGCGGGAGUGUGGCUUGCAGUUGGAAUUGGGUGAUAUUGAAAUAGACAAGCUGCUUCCAGAAUCCCUUUCGGCAAUAGAUUCUGUUGAAGAGUUCUUGGAGAAACUUCCAAGCUUUGACGCAGAUAUCGAAGCUCGGAGGAAAGAGGCCGAUGCGGCAGGGGAGGUCUUGCGAUUUAUAGGCAUAGUGGACGUAACAGCCAACAAGGGAGCAGUAAAGUUGGUUAGGCGCUCAAAGUCUGAUCCAUUUGCUCAACUCUCUGGAACUGAUAACAUUAUUGCCUUUACAUCGGCGAGAUAUUCCAAGCUUCAACGCCUCAUUGUGCGAGGUCCAGGAGCUGGUGCUGAAGUCACUGCGGCUGGCGUGUUCAGCGAUUUGUUGCGCCUCGCUUCUUACUUGGGCGCCCCUUCAUAGAUUGUAAAUUGAAAGAGCCUCAAUGGCCUUUUCGGGACUUGUCAUCAAAGUGCAGUUAAUCAGUGCGUUUUUCAGGAUGCAGAAGUGAUACAGUAGGUCAUUUUUGGCACUUCUGGUUAGUUGACUACCUACACAUAGCACUUCGCAGGAUUGUGCCACUUGCGUUCAUGCACCGAGUUUGAAAUAUUUAAAAGAGGGAGGUCCUUCACCUACGUGUUUUCUAUA